AUUGGCUAUUCUUUCUUAAAUAUUUUUUGCCCCCAUCUUUCUCUUUUUUCUUGUGGGGGUCCGAUAACGUAUAUUGGUCUUUUAAAAAUAUCGUUCUACAGAUCACUGAAGCUGUAUUCAUUUUUUUUUUUUUGAGGCGGUGGCUCAUAAGAUUUUUUAAGUACUAUUUAUCUAUCAUCAAGUUGCCUGAUUCCUUCAUCUGUCAUCCCCACUCUACUAUUAAGCCCAUUCAGCAAAGUCUUCAUUUGCCCUUUUUUCAGGUCUAUGAUUUCCAUUUGGUUCUUUUUCUAGUUCCUAUUUCUGUGUUGAAAUUCCUAUUUGCUCAUUCAUUACUAGCAUAAAUUCCUUUGCAUUCUGGAGCAUAAUAGUUAUAAUAGCUACUUUUAAAUCCUUAAGUACUAAUUCUUUCAUCUUGGUCAACUUUGUGGUUGGUCUCUAUUGAUUCUGUUUUGUCUUUUUUAAUUUCAUGUCACAUUUUCUUAUUUUGUUAAUAUCUACUAAUUUUAGAUUUUAGCCUGGGCAUUUUGAAAACUUCAUGUUAGAUACAAUAGAUUUUGUUAUAUUUGUCUUAAAAAGUACCAUUAUGUUGUUUUUAUAGACAUCUAAAUGAGCUAAACUCAAAUUCCAAACUAUCUUCCUUGGAGUGGGCAGCAGCUAAAAAAAAUCUGUGCAAUUAACAUUAAAAUCUGCACAGCACAUGUGUAAUUCAGGGCACAGCCAAAUAUUUGGGCAGAGCUUUUGCACAGAAUUUAUGGUUUCCCUCUCUCACCCUGCAUGCUUUUCUACUCACUUUUUAGCUGCUGUGGUCAGCCCAAAUUCUGGUCUGAUUCCUCAGCUGGUUAAGACUGCACAGACAUGGCACCACCUGGAACUUCUCACUCAAAGAGUCAUAAAAAAGUUAAACUCACCCUAUGACACAUUUCUAAAAAUUACUGAACUUUGAAAUUCAUUAUUGCACUGUUCUCUCUACCUAUCAUUUUGCCUGAAAAUUUUUUAUAAUAAAAAAUUCCAUGCUGAAUAUAAAUAUUUUAAAAAUUAAGGCUAUGGGAGGUAGAAAAUGAAAGUUCCCUGCAAUCCCUUCAUCUAUAAAUAGCCCCUAUAUAUAGCCAAUAGACUAUCUUAGUAAAGAAUUAUCUCUUGACUCAGACUAUCUCAGAGGAAAACAUUAUUUCAAGUAAAGAUAUGAGAUGAGAUAGUCUUAACACAGCUUCCUCAGAAUUACACAUCACUAUUCCUUAAAGUGCUGUUCAGAGCACUAGCUUUGUUCUGUAUUUUCUUAAACCGUAGAAGUAACUAAAAGUUAUACAAAGAGGGGAAAGGAUUUUGUGUAUCUCAGCUGUAAUAUUUACUUAAUUGUAAUAACAUUGUAAACUCUGAAUAUUGAGAAACAAAAGUUACGAGGUAGCCAGGCAUGGUGACUCAUGCCUGCAAUCCCAGCACUUUGGGAGGCUGAGGCAGGUGGAUCACUUGAAGUCUGGAGCUUAAGACCAGCCUGGCCAACAUGGCAAAACCCUGUCUCUAUGAAAAAUACAAAAAUUAGCAGAGCAUGGUGGCACGUAUCUAUAAUACCAGCUACUUGGGAGGCUGGGGCACAAGAAUUGCUUGAACCCAGGAGGCAGAGGUUGCAGUAAGCCAAGAUUGCGCCACUGCACUCCAGCCUAGGCGACAGAGGGGGACUCUGUCUCAAAAAAAAAAAAAGUUAGGCUGGACGCGGUGGCUCAUAUCUGUAAUCCCAGCACUUUGGGAGGCGGAGGCAGGCAGAUCACCUGAGGUCAGGAGUUCGAGACCAGCCUGACCAACAUGGAGAAACCCCGUCUCUAUUAAAAAUACACAAAAAUUAGCCGGGCUUGGUGGUACAUGCCUGUAAUCCCAGCUACUCAGGAGGCUGAGGCAGGAGAAUCGCUUGAACCUGGAAGGCAGAGGUUGCAGUGAGCUGAGAUCGCACCAUUGCACCCCAGCCUGGGCAAAGGGCGAAACUCAGUCUCAAAGAAAAAACAGAAACUUAUGAGGUAAUUACAUUUAGAGAAUGAGGUCACAAGAACUGAGGACACAAAGGGAUGAAAGUGGCCGGGCAUGGUGCCUCGCACCUGUAAUCCCAGCACUUUGGGAGGCUGAGGCAGACGGAUCACCUGAGGUCAGGAGUUCGAGACCAGCCUGGCCAACAUGGUGAAAUACAAAAUUACAAAAAUUAGCUGGGUGUGGUGGCAUGUGCCUGUAAUCCCAGCUACUCAGGAGGCUGAGGCAGGAGAAUCGCUUGAACCUGGGAGACAGAGGUUGCAGUAAGCUGAGAUCAUGCCAUUGCACUCCAGCCUGGGUGACAGAGCAAGACGCUGUGUCAAAAAAAGAAAAAAAAAAAGAAAAAGAAAAGGGGUGAAAGUAAAAGCAACUAAAGAAAUAGUUCCUCAUCUUCCACAAUAGAAAGUUAAUAGAGCUAAAUCUAUAACUGAAAAAAAUCAAAAAAGAAAAUAAGCAUGUUAUUUAGAAAUACGAUAGAACAUAUAAAAAUGAACAGUUAAAUGAAUUGAAGAGGGUUGCAUCUGGGAAGCAGAAAUGCAGAGUUUGUAUGCUUGUUAUUAAUAUUUGUUAUAAAACAAUUUGAUUUUUUAAAUUAUGUAUAUAUGGUAACAGUGAUUGAAUAGAAAUUUAAGGUAGUAGGAACAACUAUGUGAAAUUAGAUUAGAAUUGGUGAUAUCAGCUUGAACUCAUGAUUACUAACAUUUUUUUCUUUAGUUUCAUCUGCUGAAAAGGCAUAGAUGCAAUGACACCUAAGUCGCAAUAAGCUUGCUAAGCUCCCAGAUAUUGUUUUUUAAGCACCAUUUUCUACUACAAGGUGUCAGGACACUUUGCAGAAAUGGCUCCUUUCAGUGCUGGGUGAGAGAAAGCCCAAAAUAAAAUUAGAACAUCUUGUUGUACCAGAAAGUAAAGAACUGCUUUUACAUAUAUAUGUCCUAUCAAAACAGCUAGGUUGAAAGGAGCUCUCACUAAACAAAUCUCAGACACUUUGAACACCAAAAUAAGAUUGUAAUGGAUUAUAAUCCUUUGAGGAAAUGGAUUAUAACUGAUUCAAUAAUCUGGGAAUCCCUAAAUUCAUACUGAAAACACAGAUGUUCCUUGACUUAUGAGGGGGCUACAUCCCAAUAAAUUCAUCAUGAGUCAAAAAUAUCCUAAGUCAAAAAAUGCAUUUAAUAGCCUUAUAAAUACAUUGUAAAGACAAAAUAUCAUAAAUUGUACCAUCAUAAUAAUAAGUUGGGGACCAUCUGUAUAUCAUUAAACAGGGCAAAAUGUAGGGCUCUUCUGGUUGUUUUUUGUUUGUUUGUUUUUUUGGAGACAGGGUAUCGCUCUGUCGCCCAGGCUGUGGUGCAGUGGCAUGAACCUGGCACACUGCAGCCUUUGCCACCCAGGCUCAAGUGAUCUUUCCACCUCAGCUUCCUGAGUGGCUGGGACCACAGGUGCAAGUCACCUCCCCUGGCUAAUUUUUGUAUUUUUUGUAGAGACUGUGUUUCCACUAUUUUGCCCAGGCUGAUCUGGAACUCCUGGGCUCAAGCGAUCUGCUUGCCUCAACUUCCCAAAGUGCUGGGAUCACAGACUUGAGCCACCACACCAGGCGGGGCUCUUCUUUUUGGCAAAAUUGUUUCUAAUACAUAUGGAGAGAGAACAAUUAUCAUUUUGUAACUAUCAUCGUAAAGACUAGUUUAGGAAAAAUCAAUAAUACUGCUAAAUUGUGAGAGAGGGGUUUGCUGAGGAGCAGAAUAUUUGCAGGAAAUUCAAGUGUCUCCCCCAUAGAUUGCUUAUUAGUUGCAAGUAGAAAACCAGCAAUUUAUACAGUGGAGAAACUGGGAUCAAAUUAACAUCACUAAUGAGAGACAAACAAUAUCACGUGCCUCCAAAUGUGGUCUCUUGGAAAGAAUAUAACCUCAUGUAUGUAAUAUUACAAUCAGGAAUACAUAACCUGAAUCUAAUCUUGAAGAAACAUGAGACAAACCCAAAGUAGAGAAGAUUCUGUAAAAUAACUGGCCCGUCACACACACACACACACACACACACACACACACACCCCUAAGAGUGGUGACAAUGUGUUAAUUUGAUUGUUGUAAUCAUUUCACAAUGUGUAUCAAAUCAUCAUGCUGUACAACUUGAAUAAAUACAAUUUUUGUCAACUAUACCUCAGUAAUACUGGAAUGAACAAAUGAACGAAUGAUAAAUAAUUGGCCUGCACUCUUCAAAAAUCUCAAUGUCACAAAAAUACAAAUGCUGAGGAACUCUUCCAUAUUAAAGGAAAUUAAAAAGAUAUGGUAACUAAAUAUGGUAUGUGAUCCUGUACUAGAUCUAUACUGGAAGGAAAAAAUGUUAAAUAAAGACAUUACUGGAACAAUUGACAAAUCGGAAUAUGAACUGUAGAUCAGAUUAAAUAUAAAUAUUGUAUCAAUGCUAAAUAUCCUUAAUUUGAUAAACAUACAAGAGGAUACCCUGGUUCUUAAGAAAUUCACACUUUAGAAAUAAGGGGUAUAAGAGCAUAGUGUAUGUAACCUAUUUUAGAAUGAUUCAUAAAAUACAAAUAAUAGGCUUAUUUAUAUAUUUAUACAUGUAUAUUACACAUGAAGAAUAGUAAAACAAGUGUGGCAAAAUGUUAAGAAUUGGUUAAUCUGAGUAAAGGACAACAGGAGUUCUCUAUUAUUCUUACAACUUUUCUGUAAGCUUAAAUUAUUUGAAAAUAAAAAGUUUUAAAAAAAAAAUGGGCCGGGCAUGGAGGCUCACGCCUGUAUUCCUAGCACUUUGGGAAGCCGACGCAGGCGGAUCACCUGAGGUCAGGAGUUCGAGACCAGCCUGGCCAACAUGGUGAAACCCCGUCUCUACUAAAAAUACAAAAAUUAGCCAGUCGUGGUGGCGCGUACCUGUAAAUCCCAGCUACCCGGGAGACUGAGGAAGGAGAAUCGCUGGAACCCAGGAGAUGGAGGCUGCAGUGAGCCGAGAUCGAGUCACUGCACUCCAGCCUGGGCGACAGAGCGAGACUCCAUCUCAAAAGAAAAAAGAAAAAGAAAAAGAAAUAUACACUAACGUCAAGGAAAAGAGCUUUCACUUAAUAACAGAAGAUCUAAGUUUGUGCGCUACUUCUGUUUGUUAAAUAUCCUUCCUUAAGCAUCACACUUUUCUCACCUGCAAAACACCAUCCCAAACUUACAGAGGUCUCUUUUGAUCCAUACAAAUUAUGUGUAUGAGAGAUCUAACUGUAAGUUAUUAUACAAAUGACAUUAUAAUAUUAAAUACUUAAGAGUUUGCCAAAAUAAAGAAUGGAGUUCGUUUUCUUAAGGUACCGUACACAUUAACUACAGUUGUAACAAACUACGGAAUAAGCGGUAGUGGUGUAAACGGUGUUCCUUAAAGGAAGGUAAUGUUUUUUGCCCUGUUCCGUCAAGUCUUAAACGCUUGACAUUUUAAAAUAGUUUUAAACGCUUUCCGGAAUUAGAAGUGGUAUUUCGGACCGUGAAGUAACCGAUCAGCCAUAAGUGUCCCAUCUUUAAGGCCUGCUCUUUUACCCGUCUUGCAGAAGUUCUUCCGAGAGUGGGCCCGAGACAGCCUCCCGCCCGAACUAAACUCUCCGCAGCGCUUCCGGCCCUUGGCCCCGAAGUCUAGAACCCCGGGCCGGCCGCAAAGGAAGGUCUGCCGCGCAUGCGCGCCCCGGCGCAGCCUUUCCGGAGCGAUCCAUCUCGUUACGUCACCACCAGCCUAGCUCGGACGGCAAGCGGCGGGAGAUUUUCAAAAUGGGAGCCCAGAGGUACCGCCCAGGCCUCGGAAGGUGUCAGGGAGAACUUUCCGUGGUUUCAGCGUCGUCGCCUGGAGCUGCGGUUUAGAGAGCCGAGCCUGAUGGGCGCCAAGGCCGGCUGGCUGCUUGGAGCGCUGCCUCGAAGGGACUGCGUGAAGGAAGCUAAUCCGGAGAACCCAGGCCAGAGCCUGGAAAUAUGGCGACCUGCAUCGGGGAGAAGAUCGAGGAUUUUAAAGUUGGAAAUCUGCUUGGUAAAGGAUCAUUUGCUGGUGUCUACAGAGCUGAGUCCAUUCACACUGGUUUGGAAGUUGCAAUCAAAAUGAUAGAUAAGAAAGCCAUGUACAAAGCAGGAAUGGUACAGAGAGUCCAAAAUGAGGUGAAAAUACAUUGCCAAUUGAAACAUCCUUCUAUCUUGGAGCUUUAUAACUAUUUUGAAGAUAGCAAUUAUGUGUAUCUGGUAUUAGAAAUGUGCCAUAAUGGAGAAAUGAACAGGUAUCUAAAGAAUAGAGUGAAACCCUUCUCAGAAAAUGAAGCUCGACACUUCAUGCACCAGAUCAUCACAGGGAUGUUGUAUCUUCAUUCUCAUGGUAUACUACACCGGGACCUCACACUUUCUAACCUCCUACUGACUCGUAAUAUGAACAUCAAGAUUGCUGAUUUUGGGCUGGCAACUCAACUGAAAAUGCCACAUGAAAAGCACUAUACAUUAUGUGGAACUCCUAACUACAUUUCACCAGAAAUUGCCACUCGAAGUGCACAUGGCCUUGAAUCUGAUGUUUGGUCCCUGGGCUGUAUGUUUUAUACAUUACUUAUCGGGAGACCACCCUUCGACACUGACACAGUCAAGAACACAUUAAAUAAAGUAGUAUUGGCAGAUUAUGAAAUGCCAACUUUUUUGUCAAUAGAGGCCAAGGACCUUAUUCACCAGUUACUUCGUAGAAAUCCAGCAGAUCGUUUAAGCCUGUCUUCAGUAUUGGACCAUCCUUUUAUGUCCCGAAAUUCUUCAACAAAAAGUAAAGAUUUAAGAACUGUGGAAGACUCAAUUGAUAGUGGGCAUGCCACAAUUUCUACUGCAAUUACAGCUUCUUCCAGUACCAGUAUAAGUGGUAGUUUAUUUGACAAAAGAAGACUUUUGAUUGGUCAGCCACUCCCAAAUAAAAUGACUGUAUUUCCAAAGAAUAAAAGUUCAAGUGAUUUUUCUUCUUCAGGAGAUGGAAACAGUUUUUAUACUCAGUGGGGAAAUCAAGAAACCAGUAAUAGUGGAAGGGGAAGAGUAAUUCAAGAUGCAGAAGAAAGGCCACAUUCUCGAUACCUUCGUAGAGCUUAUUCCUCUGAUAGAUCUGGCACUUCUAAUAGUCAGUCUCAAGCAAAAACAUAUACAAUGGAACGAUGUCACUCAGCAGAAAUGCUUUCAAUGUCCAAAAGAUCAGGAGGAGGUGAAAAUGAAGAGAGGUACUCACCCACAGACAACAAUGCCAACAUUUUUAACUUCUUUAAAGAAAAGACAUCCAGUAGUUCUGGAUCUUUUGAAAGACCUGAUAACAAUCAAGCGCUCUCCAAUCAUCUUUGUCCAGGAAAAACUCCUUUUCCAUUUGCAGACCCGACACCUCAGACUGAAACGGUACAACAGUGGUUUGGGAAUCUGCAAAUAAAUGCUCAUUUAAGAAAAACUACUAAAUAUGACAGCAUCAGCCCAAACCGGGACUUCCAGGGCCAUCCAGAUUUGCAGAAGGACACAUCAAAAAAUGCCUGGACUGAUACAAAAGUCAAAAAGAACUCUGAUGCUUCUGAUAAUGCACAUUCUGUAAAACAGCAGAAUACCAUAGAAUAUAUGACCGCACUUCACAGUAAACCUGAGAUAAUCCAACAAGAAUGUGUUUUUGGCUCAGAUCCUCUUUCUGAACAGAGCAAGACUAGGGGUAUGGAGCCACCAUUGGGUUAUCAGAAUCGUACAUUAAGAAGCAUUACAUCUCCGUUGGUUGCUCACAGGUUAAAACCAAUCAGACAGAAAACCAAAAAGGCUGUGGUGAGCAUACUUGAUUCAGAGGAGGUGUGUGUGGAGCUUGUAAAGGAGUAUGCAUCUCAAGAAUAUGUGAAAGAAGUUCUUCAGAUAUCUAGUGAUGGAAAUACGAUCACUAUUUAUUAUCCAAAUGGUGGAAGAGGUUUUCCUCUUGCUGAUAGACCACCCUCACCUACUGACAACAUCAGUAGGUACAGCUUUGACAAUUUACCAGAAAAAUACUGGCGAAAAUAUCAAUAUGCUUCCAGGUUUGUACAGCUUGUAAGAUCUAAAUCUCCGAAAAUCACUUAUUUUACAAGAUACGCUAAAUGCAUUUUGAUGGAGAAUUCUCCUGGUGCUGAUUUUGAGGUUUGGUUUUAUGAUGGGGUAAAAAUACACAAAACAGAAGAUUUCAUUCAGGUGAUUGAAAAGACAGGGAAGUCUUACACUUUAAAAAGUGAAAGUGAAGUUAAUAGCUUGAAAGAGGAGAUAAAAAUGUAUAUGGACCAUGCUAAUGAGGGUCAUCGUAUUUGUUUAGCACUGGAAUCCAUAAUUUCAGAAGAGGAAAGGAAAACUAGGAGUGCUCCCUUUUUCCCAAUAAUCAUAGGAAGAAAACCUGGUAGUACUAGUUCACCUAAGGCCUUAUCACCUCCUCCUUCUGUGGAUUCAAAUUACCCAACGAGAGAUAGAGCAUCUUUCAACAGAAUGGUCAUGCAUAGUGCUGCUUCUCCAACACAGGCACCAAUCCUUAAUCCCUCUAUGGUUACAAAUGAAGGACUUGGUCUUAAAACUACAGCUUCUGGAACAGACAUCUCUUCUAAUAGUCUAAAAGAUUGUCUUCCUAAAUCAGCACAACUUUUGAAAUCUGUUUUUGUGAAAAAUGUUGGUUGGGCUACACAGUUAACUAGUGGAGCUGUGUGGGUUCAGUUUAAUGAUGGGUCCCAGUUGCUUGUGCAGGCAGGAGUGUCUUCUAUCAGUUAUACCUCACCAAAUGGUCAAACAACUAGGUAUGGAGAAAAUGAAAAAUUACCAGACUACAUCAAACAGAAAUUACAGUGUCUGUCUUCCAUCCUUUUGAUGUUUUCUAAUCCGACUCCUAAUUUUCAUUGAUUAAAACUCCUUUCAGACAUAUAAGUUUAAUAAAUAACUUUUUUGUUGACUUUCAAGUAAAGUGAUUUUUUUUAAUUUAACAUAAAGUCUUCAGAAAGCCUUUCUAUGAAAGAAUUUUAACCUAUAAUGUAAAGGAUGUAUUCUGAGAGAACAAAGCAGAAUGAAACUUGAAUCACUUACUAAAUAUAGUGGAUAUAAAAUAGAACACCUGACUUUGCUCUUAGACCAUAACCCCCGAACUUACUAUGUUCAUAUAUUUGUAUUGAACAAUCUUUUAAAAGCAAAAAUGUAAAUCAUGUGUAGUUUAUUUGUGCUUUUAUUGUUUUCCCUACGUCUCAGACAUGUUGAGAAUCAUGGACAAAACCUGCUGGAAUUUUGGAAUUUUUGAAGAUGUAAAUAAUGUGUAUUUAUGUUAUAAGUAACAUAUGUAAACAUGUAUAUUUGUUUUAUAUUUAUUUUUGUAACACCAGUGUCUGAUGAAACACUUUUGCAAAUGCAUUUUAUAAAAAAAUAAAUAUAGUGAUAAGUUA